AUGUAUAUCUUUUCUAAGUCUCUGCCUGGGGUUCGAGAGAGUAACUGCUCCUGUUGUCAUUACAGAAUACCAAAAAUCUGUGUUCCAACAAAAACAAAACGACAAUGUGAUAGUUUGAAAGUUCCAGAAACAUGUGUCCCUCUGCCAAUGACAGCAAAAGGAGAUUUUGGAACAGUCACGAGUGUUGACAAUUCCAAUCUGUCAACAUCACUAGGGGAAAUUAGUCCCCAACCCGAUGGUGUUGGUGACUGGCCAGAGCCUGAAUUAGACAUCGAAGCUCAAGGUGAGGAGGAUGUGAUACUAAGUGAUGAAGAUGAUGACGGGCAGUACAAAAUUGUCAUUGACGACACCCUCAGUACCGACAGUGGAACACCAGAACCGCAACAUGAUGAUGUCAAAAUAGAAGUAAACCCUAGCUUGGGAGAUGACAAUCCUUAUCAAGUACACCAGUCAUUCUCAGCUACACAGACAACGGCCAGCGUCACUGAAGACAUGUCCAGUUAUGAUCAUACAUCAUGUUGUCAUAACUUGUCUUCUGUGAAAGACACACAACACAUUGCACAAGGUUCAAAGCUGACAAGUUUUCAGAACAUGGACAUAAAAAUUAAACGAAAGCCAUCUAAUGAAUGCAGUGGACAGUUUACAUACUCCAUGUCCAGUCUGGAGCUUGAGAGCCAGCUAGUAGACCAGGCCAUUGAUAACCUGCUGACCCUGCCACAGGUGUUCGCAGAGGUGGUGGAGAGCAAGAAAAGUCAAGGUGCAGCAAUACAGCUUCAGCAACUAAAACUUGUAGCAUUACAGAAAGAAUUUGAAGAAGCUGAGAAGGAGAUGAAAGCCUUGAGGGAUGAGAUUUCUGGUGUAUCUCAUGAUGUCAUUCACACUCAUCAGUCGGUCAUUGAGAGCACUAAACAAUGUGAUGCAUUGCAGCAAGAUAUAACCAGCUAUUUAUCAAUAUGUGAGGACGUACAGCGAACAGUUUUUUACAAACAAGAAGAGUAUGACCUUGAGAAAAGCAAGAUUGAAAGUUACCAACAAAAAAUUGCCGCCUAUGUACAUAUGGUAGUUGAGCAAGAAAACCAAAGUGACACAAUGAUUGAACUUCGAAAUCUGACAGAGGACAUGGAAAUUUUACGCAACAAAAAAAGAGACAAUGAAUUGAACAAAGAGGAAUUUUUGAAAUUAAUGGACAGAACAUCUGAGAAGCAGGUCACAGAUCAAUUGAUGUGUCUGGAUGAAGAAAUGGAAACACAAAGGAAGACAGCUGAGGAAAAAACUAAACUGAUUGAAGAUCUACAGGAGAAGCAAAGACUUUUGGAGCAGUCUAUUCUUGUUUUGCAUAAACGAAACGCCGCACAGCUGACCCGGCUAAGGAGACAAAUGAAGGAAGUUCAUAUUAGGAGACGGCGCUGGAAUGACCAGAUCUCACAACUUGAAAAUGUUGUAUGUAACCUCAAACAGCAGCUCCAGAAAUAG